AAAAAUUAAGGCCUUAAAAGGCAUUAAAAAGCAUUAAAUUUGAUUCCUACAGGCAUUAAUUUUUUAUAGUUUUGAAGAUAAUUUUAUAUUAAUUUCUUUGAAUAUAGCCUUCAUAAUUAAUAAUUUUAUUUGCUUUCGCAAAAUGUACGUUAGUGUGAUAAACACAGGGAACCAGUUUGGUAAUUGGUUUCGGCCGGAGCAAAAUCGCCGUGAUACGGAGGUGACGCGGGCGGCGGGCAUUUUGUACAGCGGUGGAAGAGGUCUGAGGAAAAAUGGGAAAGUGCAAAUUCCAACUGAAGUGGCUGGAAAACGUUAAUUUCAAGACAUGGUUGCAGCCUGUUAGUGGUAAAAAUGAUGAAGGAUUUUGCGGUAUUUGCAGAAAAGCAUUUAAGUUGGGGACAAUGGGAAUUGGCGCCGUAAAAUCCCAUAUGCAGUGUGACGGCCACAAAUCCGCGGUAAGAGCAAAACAGCAAACUACUAACGUUAUGUCUAGUUACUUUGGCGUGACCGACAAAUCUACAAGUAACGUUAAUAACGUUACGACGACAACUGAUGCUGUCACCACCGUUUGUGGAGCAGCUAACAUAACCACAGCAAAAUCGAGCGACAUUCGAUCAACGUUUGGCUCGAAUGCGACUUUGCAGGCGGAGGUGCUCUGGUGUCUCAACACAGCUGUCCAUCACCACUCUUACGCAUCCAAUGACGGUGUUUCUGAGUUGUUUCAGGCAAUGUUUCCUGAUUCUGAAAUUGUCAAAUCUUUCUCUUGUGGCAAGGACAAAACCAGCUACAUUCUAAAAUUUGGACUUGCCCCAUACUUCAAAAAUCAACUGAUUACUGCAGUUAACAAUGCAGGACCAUUUGUCUUGAUGUUUGAUGAGAGUUUAAACCACUCAACAAAAAAUAAACAACUAGAUGUUCAUGUUCGAUUUUGGGAGGCUGGUUGUGUCCAGUCCCGUUAUCUGGGAUCACAGUUCAUGGGACAUUCAAAGAGUGAGGAUCUACUGCACCAUUUCAAAAAAUGUGUGCACCUACUAGACCUGAAACAUCUAAUUUCAAUUAGUAUGGAUGGCCCCAACGUGAACUUUAAGUUCCUCAAUAAUCUCCAGCAAGAACAUGGUGAACUACAUGGAGGUCGGCAGCUAAUUUCGGUUGGGAGCUGUGGACUGCACACGGUACACAAUUCAUUCAAGACUGGCUUCUCCGUGUGGAAUAUCGAGAAACUUCUGAGAGCAAUGCACUAUGUUUUUCACAAUGUUCCUGCAAGAAGGGAAGAUUACACAAAACUUACUGGCACAUCUCUUUUUCCACUCCCCUUCUGUGGACACAGAUGGGUUGAAAAUCUGCCUGUUGCAGAGAGAGCCAUUGAGGUAUGGCCAAAGCUGAAAGAAUACGUGGAAGCAGUCCGUAGAAAAGAACUACCAAACCCUGGAACCUCUUCUUUUGAUACAAUUGAAGCAGCAAAUAAAGAUCCCCUGAUCUUAGCCAAACUUCAGUUUUUCAUGGCAAUAUCCAGAACAUUUUGUCCAUUCUUGAAGAAAUACCAGACUGAUGAGCCAGUCUUACCAUUUCUGUGCAGAGACUUGACAGAGUUAAUGAUGAGUCUGGUGAGACGUUUCAUCAAAAGGGAGCUACUCCAAGACAUCACUCCAUUUAAACUGACCAAACUUGACACUGAUGACCAGAAGAACUGGAUCAAUGCAAGCCUCACUGACAUUGGAUUGGGUGCUGAAUCUGUCCUUAAGGUGAUGCUGUUGUGCAACAGUUUGACAGCUUUCUUUCUCUGCAUGGCAAAAGUGAGGAGUUCCUCUCUUUCAAACCCAUGGAGCAACGACUUGAUACUUUCCUUCACCAAACUCUCAACGCGUCUUAUCCUGAGCUUCGGAGUUUCAUUCAACGCCUCCUGCUUCUAUCUCAUGGGCAAGCUACAGUAGAGAGAGGCUUCUCCGUAAACAAGGAAGUAGAGACAUGCAACAUAAAAGAAGAAACUGUUGAGGCCCAGAGACUUGUCUGUGACCAAGUGCAUGCUUUAGGGGGGGUUCUCAAAGUGUCCCUCACAAAGGAACUACUGCAUUCUGUAGCCUCAGCCAGGACCAGAUACAGGAUCUACCUUGAUGAGGAGAGGAGGAAGAGAGAGGGUGCCAUGCGUGGACUAAAGAGAAAAGCUUUGGAAGAUGAGUUGGAAGAACUGAAAAAGAAAAAGGGGGUGUUGACGGUCGUGUGUGCCAGCCUUCAGAAGGACGCCGAUCAACUAGCUGAGCAGGCCGAAAACAAAUCGAAAACACUCAUGGCUGAAAUGAUAACAAAAUCUAAUACUCUGAGGAGGAGAUUCAAGGAAAAGUGCUGUGAAUUGAAAAAUGUUGAGUCAGAGUUGGAACUAAAAUCGACUGAAUUAAGGCACAUGCCUUGAUGAACUUAUUUACACUGUAAAUGACUGUGCAAUUUCUAUAGCUCUUGCUUACAUGUAUGUACUUUGAAUACAUUAAGUUCCAGCAUUUAAAAAGUUGAGCUUAUUGAAGAGCUGUUUUUGUGAUGAUAAAAUUAUAAAUACAAUAAUUCAAUUUUUGCUAAUUUAGAAAUAUCUCCAAAUAAAUUGACAUUAAUUAA